CCCAAACCCAAACUCAUGAACCCAAACCCAAACUCAUGAACCCAAACUCAAACUCCCACACGGUUUGAAUUUGAGUUUGGGUUUGGGUCAUGUCUAAUGCUAACAUACUUGUAUCUCAGAGACAGUCUUUCCGAAAUUUCUGAAACUUUAUAAGCAAGUUUCUCUGAUUGAGAUCAUAGUGAACAAAGUUUCAAGUCUAAAUUUGAAACUUUGAUUUUACUGCACAGAUAUGACCCCAUAGGACAAAUACAAUAAAUAGUCGAUAUCUCAGUCCAAACGCUUUUUGACACGUCGGGUGGUUCUCUCGUUAGUAAAAUAUCAGUCUUCUCGUUUUAUUGAUCAAUCAUGAAUUUAUUUUUCAUCUUAGACUACAAAUAAAUAUAAAUCUCGAUUAGAAGAUCUUCCAAAUGAAUUACUUACUGAUAUAUUUAAACAACUUGAUGCUCAAAAUUUAUUUCGAUCAUUUUAUAAUCUCAACAAACGUUUAAAUCAAUUGGUUCAAGCAUUUAAUUAUUUACAACUUACUUUUCAUAUGAAUCAAUCUAAUGUUCUUAAAACAAAUGGUGAGAUAUAUUCAUUUUAUGUUCAUACAUUAAUUGUUGAUCCAUGGAUUAAUUUUAAUCUUAUACAUUUUCCAAAUGUUCGUCGUCUUACAUUAAAUAGUCCAUUUCCAAAAGUAAUCGAACAAUUAAAAGCUAAUGUUGUGCCAUAUUUAGAACAUCUUUCUGUUUUUUAUACAUAUAAUAUGUAUGAAAUUAAUAUUUUACAUAAUGAAAUAUUUUCCAAUCGUUUUCCAAAUUUAAUUUCAUGUGAAUUACUUGAAAAUCAAACAUUAAUGACAAUUCAAAAAUCAACACAAUCACCAUUAAUACGUAUUUUAAAAACGAAAUUUAUUAAUUUAUCAAUUUAUGAAAAAAUCCUUUCGGUAUGUCCAAAUUUAUAUUUUCUUAAAUUUUCAAUGUAUUCAUCAAAUGAAUUAUUACCAAAUGUACAGUUACAUAAAAAUCUUAAAUAUAUGAUUGUUGAUCAGAGCGAAACUGAUUGGUUCGACGAUGAGUUUACGUUAAGUGAGUUUUUAGCUCGUGUACCAAAUCUUGAACAACUUGUAUUUCAUCGAAGAAAUUACUCACGCAAUAUUGUAAACGAAUUUGAACAAUAUGAUUGGCUUGUAUCAAUUAUUAAUUUUCGUUUACCAUUCAUUCGGAAACUUAAAUUUCAUUUAUAUUUAUCAAGUGAUGAAAAUGUAAAUGGAGUCAUCGAUAAAAAUAUACUUACAAAGAUACAAAGUGAUUUUACCAAUGUACAUAAAGGUCAAUAUAAAGCUCAACUUGAAAUUCAUUUAAAACCGUUGUAA